GCCUCCGCGAAAGGUUCCUCGUGUAACGUCACUCCAAAUCAAAUCAACGGCUACUUUCUCAAGGCAGGCGUUACCAUCACCACCGCCGAACAAGAGACGAAAGUUGGAUAUAGGCAAUCUCAGUGAUGAUAGUCAAAGGGUUGUCGAAAAGGCAUCGGAGGCAUUGAAGAGCGCUGUAUUAGUUAUAGAAACGCGUCCUAACAUGGCUGAUACUACUGAUAUCAAGCAUGCCAUAGAGAACUUGGAACGCGACACGAUGGGGGAGAGUUGGUAUGCUGCUCUGCGGGAUGAGUUCAAGAAAUCCUAUUUCCAUAAACUGAAGAUGUUCUUACUAGCUGAGCACAAAUCACAGACGAUCUACCCUGCUGUACGCGAUAUAUACUCUUGGUCGCGCCUCACGCCGCUGCAGUCCGUGAAAGCGAUCAUCAUCGGACAGGACCCGUAUCACGAUGUGGAUCAGGCUCAUGGUCUAGCAUUUUCCGUUCCUUCUCCAACCAAGCCGCCGCCUUCUCUUAAGAACAUCUACAAACAGAUCAAGGAUGAUAUCCCGUCAUUCGUGAUCCCUUCCUCGGGCGACCUCACACCGCUUGCGAAGUCAGGCGUGCUCUUCCUCAACACAUGCUUGACCGUCCGCGCGCACAAAGCCCACUCGCACGCGCGUAAAGGCUGGGAAGAAUUAACGACUGCAGCGCUUCGGGCUGUCGUGCAUCGUAAGGCUGCCAACGACGACGAUAAUAACCGGGGCGUGGUGAUCUUAGCGUGGGGACUGUCUGCGCAAAAGACAUGCCUUGCGGUUGGUAUAGACGAGAAUAAGCAUCUUGUUUUGAAAUCAGCUCAUCCAUCGCCAUUAUCUGCGUACAGAGGUUUCUUCGGAAACGCGCAUUUCAAACAAGCAAAUACGUGGUUGGAGUCGAGGUAUGGGCCUGGUCAGGGCGUCGACUGGACUGCAUUGAAUGCUUAG